UCCACCUCUAGCUUUAAUUAUGUAGGCGCAGCAUUGCAAUCUGUUUUCUUGCGUGUUUUCCGUAUAAUUUGCUCAAUUUUUGGUUUAGUUAAGCCGAACUCAAAUGCUGCACACCCAAAUUGCUCAACCGCGCAGCAUACAAAGUGAAAAACAAGCAGUUAAAGUGGAAAAUAGGAAGAGUUUUGUUGUUUUUUUCUGUAAGAGGACGCGGCGAUGCAACAACAGCGACGCUAUGCGACCGCAUUUUGAGCGAUAAAACGAAAAGGUGCUGCCACACAUAACGGUUCUUGUUUGUUUUUACGACGGCACACAAAAGCAGCAGCAAUAACAACAAAGGUCUCCGUUGGAUCCUUCGAAUAAUCAAAAUCCGCACCAACAACCCACCAACGAAGCCGACGAACCCAACCAACUGGCGAUGCAAUUGAAAGCGCCCAAGAGCAGAAAUAUGGCCAGUCUUAAAGAUGAGGAACAUGCGGCAACCACAAGCAACUCCACGAACAACCUCAACAACAACAACAACAACAACAACAAUAACAAUAGUAAUAAUAUAAACAAUAACCACAGCAGCAGUAGCAACAACAAUAAAAACGAGGAUGAUCCUAAGGUUAGGAAGGAAAACCUGGAGGCCAGGAAACAGGCUUUGGAGCAGCGUCUGAGCGAAAAGAGCUGGCUGUUGCAGCAAAUCCAGAAACAAGAGACGGCCAUUAUCAAUGGAAAUUACGAACAAAUGACAGUCAAUGAAUUUUUUGUUCAACUAGCCCAACAGUACAAACAUGAACAGCAGCUGCAGGCUUUGGCCAGGGAAAAUAGCUCAAUUUUGAGGAGGAAACAAAGCACAACGAGCCGGGAAAGUCGAGAAAGCCAGAUGACCAACAGCAAUAACAAUCGCCAGUCGGAAACGCUGUCAAAUCGCAGUUCCGAAUAUGACAAUUUCCAGCCCUCUUCAUCGUCUGGGGCGGGUGAUAUGCUGGUGAUAGGUGUGGCCCAGCAGCAGGCGCAACAACAACCGCCGCUGGUGAAGAGCGCCCUGAAAAAGCGACCCACUCCCACGCCCAGUCAAAUGCAAUAUAUGCGCCAGCAGCAUCAGCAGCAAGCGCAUCUGGUGAUGAACAUGAACUACCAGAGAUCACAGCCGGAUGUCAUAUCCAUGUACUCAGCGAACUCCUCGAAUGUGGCUACAUUAAGGCAACCGCCACAAGUGGCUCCCCAGCAGCAGCCAAUUAUAGUUCAGUGCGAUAAAUAUUACUUAUCGCCCACACAUCAAAGUUACAAUGAGGGCGGAUUCAUUAAAUCAAGUCAGAACAUCAAGAAGUAUGUUUCCCCACUGGCUUCGCCCAGCAAUCUCAGCUACGAGCAGCAGCAGCAGCGAAAUCCUUUGCAUCAUCAGCGCCAACUAGAUGCAAUAUCCUUAGCGCCCAGUUAUGUGUCUGUGGAUAUGGAAGCUGCUCAGCAUCAGCAACAAUAUCGCUGGCGUUCCCAGUCACAUAUAGCUCCAUUAACGCCCCCUCAAUUAGGUAUAAUAGAGGUGAAAUCGCACUCCAGCGAUAUGCUGGCGGUGCCUAUGCCACCUAGUCGCUAUGCGCCGCAUGAUGAGAUCUCUUUGUCAUCCUCCUCCACCACCAUUGAAAAGAAACCGAAACCCAAGCAGUGGCUAGAAUCAUCGCUAGAUGGACCAGCUGUAAUAAGGCAGAUGGAUUCACAGCCGCACAGUCCAGCUGGCAGCAGUAAUGGAAGUAGUAAUCCAGGAGCAGCUGCCAUGGUAUCGAGUAAACCCCGAGCCAAGCUCUCUUCCCAGUCCAUGUCGGUAUCGGGUUGUCACUAUUCCAUGUCUAACCAGCGCCCUACGCAAAACUAUCCUAGUGCCAGCUAUGCGGUGAACACUAGCUCUAAAGCAUUGUUAAGUCAAUCGACAUCGUACCUCAAUGCCAUGGAGCAAACAUUGGGGAUUUCGGUGUCAUAUCCGCUGGAACCUCUGGACAUACCAGCACUUCGAAAUUUACCCCCUAAACCAAGUCAAAUGCAGCAGCCUACACCGCCGCCCAGACCUCCACCUGCACAUCAGGGUCAAAACCAGAACCUAAAUCACAGUGGAAGUUGUAUUACAAGUGGACUUGGCCAUGGCAGCGCGAUUCAAACAGCUUUGGUUUCUCCACCGUUAACCGUGGCCACAGCCAGUCUAUCUCCGGAAAUUCGCAUCGAGUCGCCGAAGAACAUGACCGUAGUCCAGCAGGCCACUUUUCAGCCGUACAAAGAAGUUACAAAACCCUUCGAGAUGUCCGAUUUCUACAAAUACUCCACGAAGUUUAAACAAAAGGAUGGCGGCAAUCCAAAUUGACCUGAAAGUUUUUACGGGAUUUACAAUUAUUUCUCCCUUUUUAUGUGAUUAACUAAAAUAAUUUUGUAGCAAAGAGAAGCUACAAAGCAAAAUAAGCUCAAAUUGUUAGAAACCUAUCGAAUUUCAAGUUCGUUAGCUCAAUUUUUUAGGACCAAGGACAAACUGAAUAUUAAUUUAACACAAAAAUGCUCAGACGAUCUGCCAAAUUAUAUACAGACUUAUGAAAAGGAAUGGAGUGACAUUUAAAUUUGUAUUGAAUAUACAAAAAAAACCAGGACAAUAUUAUCCCUUAAGGGAACAGAAAUCGCCUUAAGACAGGACGCCUUGAAAAUAUGAACAUAUUUUAUAAAAUAAAAAGCGUUUACAAAAGAAUAACUGACUAGCAAUUGUUGAACCGUGUAUUAAAGUAUAUACAUAUUUACACUAAUAGAUUAAUAUUUUUGUAUUUUUUUACAGAUUAGAUAUUCACAGAGUUCUUUAAGACUAACUAUUGACAAGCAAUAACAAAUAUAUGUAAAUAAAUAGUUUAUAUUAAAAUGUACAAGAUUUCGUUUUUAUUGAAUAUGAAAAACUCCC